AUGAUUUCUCACACCAUAAACCUAUUUUUCAUCUUCACCAUCUUCACCACAUUCUUAUGUCUCUCUUCAUGUGAUGAUGGCAUCCCAAACAAAUACUCCUCCAUAUUGGGUCCUAACAACGAUAAGCUUCCUACUCAAGAUGAAGCUAUACAGUUAUUCCAACUAUGGAAGAAAGAACAUGGACGUGUCUACAAUGACCUAGCACUCAUGUCUAAAAAAUUUGGCAUUUUUCUUUCUAAUUUAAGGAUUAUCACAAACGCUAAUAGAAAAAGAAACUCAUCUGAUGAUUUCCUUCUUGGUCUGACAAACUUUGCUGAUAUGAGCUCCAAGGAGUUCCAAGAAAGUUACUUACACGACAUUGACAUGUCUGGCAACACGAUGAAUCUGCAGGAUGAUGUUCAUUUACCAAGUUUUACUUUGCCUACAUCCGUAAAUUGGAUAAAACAAGGAGCUGUUACUGAUGUUAUGGAUCAAAUUCCUCCUUGUAAUAGUUGCUGGGCAAUCUCAGCUGUAGGAGCCAUUGAAGGAAUAAAUGCAAUAAAGAAAAAGAACCUAAUAAAACUUUCUGUUCAAGAGCUUGUGGAUUGUGACUCGGGGAGUCAUGGUUGCGAGGGGGGAGAAGUCCGUACUGCAUACGAUUGGGUUAUAAGUAACAAGGGGAUUACAGAUGAAUAUAACUAUCCUUAUACAGCACGGAAGGGUCCCUGCAGAUCCUCAUCGGUAUCUUUUUGUUAA